AUGGACCCCAGAUGGUUGGUUGAUAACCAUGAACCCGAAAAUAGAGGUAAAUUUCCCCCACGGCGAGUGAAUUCCGAGCCCAGACGGAAGAGGCACACGGAUUACACGAUUGGAUGGAUAUGCGCGCUGCCGGUGGAAGUGGCGGCGUCCAAAGCGAUGCUCGACCAGUAUCACCCCCCGCUACCCCAGGGUGGAAACGAUCACAAUGUAUACACCCUUGGCGAGCUGUACGGCCAUAACAUCGUCAUUGCCUGCCUUCCAUCGGGCGUUUACGGCAUCUCGUCCGCCUCGACUGUCGCUGUCCAAAUGCUGAAUACUUUCCCUGGUAUCCGAUUCAGUCUCAUGGUCGGCGUCGGCGGAGGGGUACCGGGGCAGUUCACUGCCGAUGUCCGAUUAGGCGAUGUCGUUGUCAGUAAGCCGACGAGCACUUUUGGUGGGGUUGUUCAGUAUGACAUCGGCAAGGCCUUGGGCAACCAUCGCUUUCAACGUACCGGCGUUUUGAAUAGACCUCCAUCGAUCCUUCUUGCCGCCAUCUCGAGACUGGAAGCAGAUCACAUGCUUAACCAGAGCAGGAUACCGAGUGAGCUUGAGGCCAUGUUGGAGAAGUAUCCAAGCAUGGAUGCCUUCUCACAUCCGGGCUCGGAACACGAUGUUCUGUUUGAGCCGGCUUACCAGCACGUCAACCCGAACGAUAAGACAUGUCGCAACUGCGAUGCGCAACACCAGGUUCGUCGCAGAGCACGGCGAUCGGAAUCUCCUCGAAUCCAUUAUGGCCUGAUCGCAUCGGGAAGCCAAGUUAUACGAGACGCGCCCACGCGUGACAUGAUCGCAGAAGAACUCGGUGGGGAGGUUCUCUGUUUCGAGAUGGAAGCUGCAGGAUUGAUGGGUGAUUUUCCCUGCCUGGUCAUCCGUGGGAUUUGUGACUAUGCCGACUCGCAUAAGAAUAAGCAGUGGCAACCUUAUGCAGCGGCUGUGGCGGCAGCUUAUGCGAAGGAGCUCCUAUCGGUCAUACCAAUGACGCAAGUCGUGAAUGUCCCGGAUGCACGAGACAGUACCGAUUCUCGGGACUUCACUAGGAUGCCAGAAUAUCAGGACCGGCAGCAAAUACCGCCCUGGAAAUCAGCUUGGGAAAGGCAAGAGCCUGAGCAGACAGCGGCGACACCAGAGACCGAGACCAUGUCUACCGGAGGAUUUGCGUUGUUCGCAUUAUUGGGGUGUCCAGAGUGCAAAAUUGUCGACCAUCCGUCAGGGGAACAGAUGUGGAUUUGUUGCUCGUGCGGUGACGGGCCAAAAUCGAUGGCACAUGACGUUGAGUGUGCUAGGUGUGGCCAUCGUAUGCGUUCUUAG